AUGGUGCGUCUGAGGGAGAUCCCCCGGACGGCCACCUUUGCUUGGUCGCCUGGUGCGCAAUCGCCAUUGAUUGCUACCGGAACUCGAGCUGGCGCCGUUGAUGUCGAUUUCUCGAACGAAACAUGUCUUGAGCUCUGGGAUCUGGACUUAAGUCGCCAGGAUGCCAGUGAGGAGCUGCAGCCUUUGGCCAAGAUUGGCACCGACUCUGGCUUUAACGACCUUGCGUGGACAGAAUCCGAAGAUAACUCCCGCGGAGUGAUCGCCGGUGGUUUGGAAAAUGGAUCGUUGGAUCUGUGGGAUGCUGACAAGCUGAUCGGUGGCUCGAGUGAUGCGUUGAUGUCGAGGACAACCAAACACUCAGGGGCAAUCAAAGCUCUCCAGUUCAACCCCAAGCACUCCAACCUCCUUGCUACCGGAGGUGCAAAGGGAGAGCUUUACGUCUCCGAUCUCAACAAUAUCGCAAACCCAUUCCGUCUCGGAAGCGCCGCAGCCCGGGCCGACGACAUCGAAUGUUUGGACUGGAACAAGAAGGUCGCGCAUAUUUUGGUCACUGGUAGCAGUGCAGGUUUUGUCACUGUAUGGGAUGUCAAGACAAAGAAGGAGAGUUUGACUCUCAACAACAUGGGCCGGAAAGCCGUUAGCGCUGUUGCUUGGGACCCUGAAAAGCCAACAAAACUUGUCACUUCGACACCCCUCGAAUCUGACCCUCUGAUCUGCGUUUGGGAUCUCCGAAAUUCCCAUGCCCCAGAAAGGACACUUAGAGGCCAUGAAUCCGGCGUAUUGUCACUGUCGUGGUGUGACCAGGACCCCGACCUCCUUCUGUCGUCCGGAAAGGAUAACCGUACGCUUUGCUGGAACCCCCAAACUGGACAGGCCUAUGGAGAAUUCCCUGUCGUCACCAACUGGACCUUCCAGACUCGCUGGAACCCUCACAAUCCCAACUUCUUUGCCACUGCUUCAUUUGACGGAAGAAUUUCGGUCCAGACUAUUCAGAACACCAGCACUGAAACUGCCCAGGCCAUUGCCGAUCAGAACCAGGCACUCGAUGGUGAGGACUUCUUCGCCAAGGCACAGAGUCAGCCUCAGGUUUCCAACUUCUCCUUGCCGAAGGCACCUAAAUGGCUUGAGAGACCAUGCGGAGCCUCUUUUGGCUUCGGUGGUAGGGUGAUUUCUUUUGGCGCAGGCGAAAAGGGCAGCCGCGCCUCGAAGGUCAAGAUCACUCCAUUUGAAGCCGACGAGGCCGUAGGAAAUGCCACCGAGACCUUUGAGAACGCCCUCAAGGAAGGCGAUCUCCGAACUAUCUGCGAAGCACGAGCUACAGAUGCGGCCAGCGACGAGGAGAAGGCUGACUGGAAGGUUAUUGAGGCAUUGCUUUCCGACAACCCAAGGAAAGGUCUUGUGGGAUACCUUGGCUUCCAGGAUGAGGCUGCCGAUGAGGCUGCUGAUGGAUUGGCCAAACUGGGCUUGAACAAGGAGGAAGAAACCAAGGAAGAAACUAACGGAGAAUCGGAGAAAGAACCCCAACCCCGCGCAACGGGAGGAAAGAAGCACAAACGCAUACAAUCGAUUUUUGAUACCAACCCUGAAGCCGACAGCUUCUUGUCUGACCUAGCCGCAUCAAAAGGAGCCAAGACCAACAAUCCGUUCCAGAUCUUCAACGGUUCCGAAUCUGAAGCCGAGAAGGGAAUCACCAGGGCCCUUCUGCUCGGAGAUUUCGAAAGGGCUCUUGACGUGGCUUUGCAGGAGGAUCGGAUGUCCGAUGCCUUCAUGAUUGCUAUCUCCGGAGGCCAGAAAUGCAUUGAUAAGGCCAAAGAGCACUAUUUUGCGAAGCAGGCCGGUGGUCCUAACUACAUGCGCUUGCUCGCAUCUAUCGUUGGCAAGAAUCUUUGGGAUGUUGUCCACAACGCUGAUCUGUCCAACUGGAAGGAAGUUAUGGCAACCCUGUGCACAUUCGCUGACGACAAGGAGUUUGCAGACCUCUGUGACGCUCUUGGUGACCGGUUAGAAGAACAAAUUCGGGUCUCGGAUGACAAGAGCGCCCGCAAGGAUGCCUCCUUCUGCUUCUUGGCUGGUUCUAAGUUGGAGAAGGUGGUUGGUAUCUGGAUCGAAGAGCUCCGUGAAAAUGAGCAGAAAGGCAUUGAGACUGCUACUGACAACUCCUCGUUCUCAAUUCAUGUUCGUGCCCUACAAGGCUUGAUCGAGAAGGUGACCAUCUUCCGCCAGGUCACCAACUUCCAAGACACGGAACGCACCAAGGAAGCGGACUGGAAGCUGGGUAACCUGUAUGACAAGUACAUUGAGUACGCUGAUGUCGUUGCUACACAUGGACGACUGCAAAUUGCUCAGAAAUACCUCGACCUCGUUCCCGAGAAGCACCCCGAGGCCGAAAUCGCAAGAAGCCGCAUCCAGCUCGCAAUGAGACAAGCAGCACCUCAGAGACAACAGGCGGCUGUUCCUGCGGCCAGAACCACCUCCAAGCCUCUGCCACAGCCCAACGCAUACCAACCCCAGACAACUUUCUCACCGGCUGCACCAGUUGCUGCUCCCCAGAAUCCCUAUGCUCGUUCGGUUGCCUCUCCGCCCCAGCCAGUCAACCCCUAUGCCCCGGCUGCAGCUGCAGCGGCGCCGUUGCCGACGAACCCUUAUGCUCCUCCAACUGCCGCUGCACCACCAGCAAACCCAUAUGCCUCCAUCGCUACCGGCGGCGGUUACACUCCCUCAGGAUACCAGCCUACACAGGCGCCAGCAUAUGGUGCUCAACCACUUGGUGGUUCUGUUCCUCCUCCCCCUCGUGCAUCUAACCAAUCCCCUGCUGCUACUGUCACCACAUACACCACUGCCACAAACCUCCCCGCAUGGAAUGACUUGCCGGAGGACUUCACAAAAGCGAAGCCCCCGACAUCACGCAGAGGAACCCCUGCUGCUGCUGCCAUCAGCUCGCCCUUCCCGAACCAGUCCCCGACUCUUACUCAAGGGCCUCCGCCAACCGGACCUCCCACCCAGAGGGCACCCUCCGUUCCACCUCCGCCAAAGGGCACCGCGCCUCCCCCGCGAAUGACUUCGCCGCCUUCAGUGGUCCCUCCUCCGCCCUCUUCGAUCCAGCAAGGACCUCCUCCCCCUGCCAACCCCUACGCUUCUCUGCCAGGAUCCCCACCGAUGGCCUCCACCAUGGGUGUGCCAGCACCAAUUCCUCGCGGACCCUCUCCCUACAAUGCCCCACCGUCAAUGCCACCGCCGUCUAACCGAUACGCUCCAAGCCCGGCAGCCCAAGCGCCAAGCCCGCAGCUCCAGACUCGGGCAGCUGUGCCUCCCCCGCCCCAGGCAGGUGUUUCUCCAUAUGCGCCCCAGCAGCCUUUGCAGCCGAUGGUAGGAAAUCAAUAUGCUCCUAGCCCUCCUCCGUCGGCCCCGCAAGCUGUGCCGCCUCCCCCUCAGGGUCCUGGCUCCCGCCCAAGCACCGCCUCCUCGCAGAGAAAGACUGCACCGGCACCUCCCAAAUACCCACCUGGUGACCGCUCCCACAUCUCGUCUGACGCAAUGCCCAUUUUUGAGGUCCUCUCGUCGGAAAUGCAACGCGUCAAGUCCCGUGCGCCAACCUCUUUCAAGGCCCAGGUUGACGAUGCAGAACGCCGGUUGAACAUUCUCUUCGACCACCUUAACAACGACGAUCUGCUUCGGCCAAACACUGUUGCAGACAUGACCCAAUUGGCGCACGCCAUCCAAGCUCGUGACUAUGCGUCAGCACAAACAAUUCAUGUCAACAUCAUGGCAAACCGGACAGAUGAGUGCGGCAACUGGAUGGUUGGUGUGAAGCGUCUUAUUAGCAUGAGCAGAGCUACCCCAUAA